UGCAGACGCAUGCAUUCAUUUUUGGCCAUAUUGGAUGAUUUUUGCAUAUGGCGAAUGGAUGGUGUACUGAAUGACUGGUGCGUUCAGUCGUGCGUCAGACACAGAGGUCCUCCCCUUGUGUUUCUAUGUUACUGCCCCCCUCUCUCGCUCUCUAUCCCCCUCCCUUCCUCUCUUCUCUUCUCUGGCAUCCCCCAUCCCCCAUCGCUUUAUGUGCUUCCAUACAGCCUGAAAAUCAACCGGAGGAGGAAACCUUCACACUCGCGGAGAAUAGACUGACCCUCAGCAACCCAGAAGAUCGCUUUAAACCGGGGACACAGACUGGAUCAGGGUGACCCAUCUAAACCGUCUCACUCUGAUUUGCAUAUCCAUUCUUCCUACCUCCUUCAUUUGCCUUUCCUUCACUGAGAAUGGCAAGCGGGCAUUCCACUGACAAAUUCAGUUUUCUGUACCCAACAGACACCAGUCAGAACGUGAAGAGUAAGAACAGGCUGUCUUCCACCAUGAACCCGGUGUACAGUCCAGUGCAGCCGGGAACCCCAUACGGAAACCCCAAGAAUAUGGCAUACGCAGGUUAUCCAGGAGGUUACCCUACGACUGCCCCGACCUACACAGCCAACCUUUAUCAGACAGGUAGCCCGGGAUACCCACCAGUGCUGCUGGUGAAGCAGGCCUGGCCCCAGACGGCAUCUGCUCCGGGGCCCGCAGAAGGCUCCUAUGACCUGGCUAUGGACGCUGGCUCCGAGAGCAGGCAGUACCAGGCCUCAUCUACAGCAUUCAGAUAUACUGCAGGAACACCUUAUAAAGUGCCCCCUACUCAGACCAAUGGAGCUCCUCCACCCUAUUCCCCGUCUCCCAACCCCUACCAGACGGCCAUGUACCCCAUUAGAAGUGCCUAUCCCCAGCAGAACCUCUAUGCUCAGGGUGCUUAUUACACGCAGCCUGUGUACGCCGCCCAGCCUCAUGUCAUCCACCACACCACCGUGGUCCAGCCCAACAGCAUCCCCUCCGCCAUCUACCCCGCUCCUGUACACGCACCCCGCUCCAACGGGAUGGCCAUGGGCAUGGUGGCCGGGACAACGAUGGCCAUGUCUGCUGGAACACUGCUGACCACCCCUCAGCACACUCAGAUCGGAGCACACCCCGUCACCGUGCCAACGUACCGACCACAAGGAACACCUGGAUACAGCUACGUUCCACCUCACUGGUAGAGCCCACCUGCCAAUCAUAUCUGGAGUCAAACAUUGUAUGCAACUACUCAAGUCUUACAUCGGCGCUCUGUGCUCAACAGUGAGGCGCCACGUCUGUUUGCAAGAACAAAAGGGAAAAAAAGUGCAAGGGUCACGUGUUUUGGUUAAAGCUGCUUUUUUAUGCUUUUAUUUAAUUUUUAAUUGUUUUAAUAUUUUUCUUCUUCUCAUUUUUUUGGGAUGAUGUUCUUGCAUUAGGUUAUUGUAAUUCUUCAUUGUUCCAUAGUUACUUCUAUAAGAACUCCAGAAUGAUUUCGACCAAUCACGAUCUGUCUUUGUGUUCAGUAUAAACGCUGAUGUGCGUGCAGUAAUGUACCGACGCAAUAUCAGCACCACUCAGAUCAUAAUCAUCCACUUAUGCUGCCAAAUUUGAUAACCUUUAGAUAUAAGCA